AUGCCGCUUCCCUCUCCCCUACAGGCGUCGGCACAGCCAGCCGGUUUCGCUGUCCCUUCUGCGCAUAUGUCUCCAGGCUUCCCACCGCCCCAGCAUCAGCAGCACCAACAGCAGCAUGACGAAGACUCCCCCGAGACGCCGACUGGCAAUGCAGCAUCUCCGCCUCAGGAUCCUGCGAGGCGGCCCGGCAAACGCCCUGCUGCCCGCGGGACCGCCUUCUAUCCGCGCAAGCGAGCAAACACGGCGUGUCAGGUGUGCCGGGCCCGAAAGACAAAGUGCGACAACAAGAAACCCAGCUGUUCAUACUGCCUGAGUGUUGGCGCAAACUGCAUCCAGUCGCCGGUUGAUCUAUCCAGCUUCGACCCCGCCAGUCUCAAAAUCUUGGACCGCCUCGAUGAUCUCGAACGCCUCAUGCGCGAGACAACGGCCGUCUCGGCACUCGGCCAAGUAGGCGCUGUCAGCCCCGCGAUUCCAAACAGCAAUGGACAGAUGAAUGCAUACAAUACCAACCAGCACAAUGGACGACAGUCAUCGGCAUCGCUCUCGGCGCACUCCCCGCUUCGGGCGAGGAGCAUGAGCUCUAGCUCGCAUCAUCAAAAGCCACAUGCCAUUAGCAGCAUCAUUCACGAGGACGAUGGUCCAGAUGUUGAUAGUGUGCUACCCGUCCGCGUGGACUUUAUCUUACAAUGGCCAGUAUUCAAUGCCAGAGGCCAGGCGGAGACUCCGUACCGCCAGCUCCCCGACGCCAUCUCUACGCCAUCUGCAGGCUCCGCGGCGCUUGCUAGCCUUGUCGACAUGGAAUCGCAUCGAUUAUACCGACUACUCGACAAUUUCUUUCUUUACAUUCACUGCAAAAACCCCAUCUUGGAUGAGGCGUCCACGCGUCGCAUGGUCGGCAAUGCCUUUCUCAAUGGCAUCGAUUGGUCGCCGGCGUCUUGCUUGGCCAUGAUCAUCUGCGCUCUUGGCUGCCUUGCCACACCUUUCGGCCCGAGUCAUAGCACCAAGCCUGGAACACAAGCCUAUCAAGAUUCUCAAGUCUUUUUCCACGCUGCACAGAAGCGAAUUGGCAUCCUCUUGGUGAGCUCGGACAUUGUCGGCGCGCAAUGCCUCUUCCUAUCAGGCGUCUACAUGAUGCAUGUGUUCCAGCCCAUCUAUGCUUGGCGCUUCUUCUCACAGGCCCUUGCCGCCUGUCAGCAUUUUCCAUUCCUUGCCAAAGUGCAGGAUAUGAAUUUAUCCAAGGGUCCCGAUCUCACACCAGAAGGCAUAGAGAUGGGUCGGCAAGAGACACAGGAACAGGCAGUGUACUGGUCCGCUUGGAAAUCGGAGCGCGAGCUGCGCCGCGAGCUUUCGCUCCCCGACUUUGAUAUUAUUCACUCUGGCAGCACUCUCUACCCGCCAUUCUUCCCCGCCCCUCCGGCUCACCCAACGGACUCAGCAGACGGCCCAGACUCGGAAACACAACGCGCCAGAGCCGCCUGGCUGUACUACCUCGCUGAGAUCUCACUUCGACGUCUUUCGAGCCGGUUAUCGACCGAAGUUACAAGCUUAAGGAAGCAGCACCAGUCCAAUGCGAGGUUCUUGGAAGUACUGGGUGAAAUGAUUCCGGAGUAUGAGGCCCAGGCUCGCGAGUGGUCUGAUAACCUUCCUGCAGAGCUAUCCAUCAAUACGCCCAUAGAGGAAGAUACGAUUAGUCGGUCUGUCCUGCGUGGUCAGCUCGUCAAUCUCUACGAAAUGCUCUACUGGCCGUUUGUGAUGGCAAGCUUAAGCUCCCUUACAACUGGUCGCCCCGUCACAAUGACCACUGCGCAACUAGCCAGGCGCGGUCUAGAGACACAUAUUCAGCAAGUCAAGGUCAACGAACCGGGGUACUACCACCGGCACCACGGCGGUCUCUUUAUGAUUCGUGCUUGCACUCGCAGUGCCUUGAUUCUCGUCGCAGCAGCGAAGCUUGGUAGCCCGAUGCCGGAUAAUUGGCACGUCUCCAUCUACAACGUGAUGGGCAUGCUGUCAUUCUGGAAUGACGAGGAUCGCAAUCUCGUGCAAUGGGGCGCCGUCCUCCAAAGCGAGUUGAGCCGCAUUACGGGUGAGUGA